UAGCGUGCGCACCGACCCCGGCGGUGGCGGCCGGUGGGGAGGAGUCAGGGCUGCGGUGCCUUCGGUCGCGCGCACACGUUGCAUCUCCUUGCUUCCACCUGAACCCUCGCCGCCAGGAAGGCAGCCGGACGAGUAGACCGCAGCUCCUGGGAGAUGGCGGCGCUGUGCCUCACGGUGAACGCCGGAAACCCUCCGCUGGAAGCUCUGCUGGCAGUGGAACAUGUGAAAGGUGAUGUCAGCGUUUCUGUGGAAGAAGGGAAAGAGAAUCUUCUUCGGGUUUCUGAGAAUGUGGCAUUCACUGACGUGAAUUCAAUCCUGCGCUACCUGGCUAGAAUUGCAACUACGUCUGGGCUGUAUGGGACUAAUCUGAUGGAGCACACUGAGAUUGAUCAUUGGUUGGAGUUUAGUGCUACAAAGUUGUCUUCGUGUGAUGGGCUGACUUCUGCAAUCAACGAGCUUAAUCAUUGCCUGUCUCUGAGAACAUACCUAGUGGGGAACUCCUUGACCUUAGCAGAUCUAUGUGUUUGGGCCACCCUAAAAGGAAAUGCUGCAUGGCAGGAACACUUGAAACAGAACAAAACUCUAGUCCACGUUAAACGCUGGUUUGGCUUUCUUGAAGCCCAACAGGCCUUCCGCUCAGUUGGCACCAAGUGGGAUGUUUCAGGAAACAGAGCUACAGUGGCACCUGACAAAAAACAAGAUGUUGGGAAAUUCGUGGAGCUUCCAGGUGCAGAGAUGGGAAAGGUGACAGUCAGAUUCCCCCCAGAGGCUAGUGGUUACUUACACAUUGGGCAUGCGAAAGCUGCUCUUCUGAACCAGCACUACCAGGUUAACUUUAAAGGGAGAUUGAUCAUGAGAUUUGAUGACACAAACCCAGAAAAGGAAAAGGAAGAUUUUGAGAAGGUCAUCUUGGAAGAUGUUGCAAUGCUGCAUAUUAAACCAGAUCAGUUUACUUACACUUCAGAUCAUUUUGAAACUAUAAUGAAGUAUGCAGAGAAAUUAAUUCAAGAAGGGAAGGCUUAUGUGGAUGACACUCCUGCAGAACAGAUGAAGGCGGAACGUGAGCAGAGGACAGAAUCCAAACACAGGAAGAACUCUGUUGAGAAGAAUCUACAGAUGUGGGAAGAAAUGAAAAGAGGAAGCCAGUUUGGUCAGUCCUGUUGCCUGCGAGCAAAAAUUGACAUGAGUAGUAACAAUGGGUGUAUGAGAGACCCGACCCUUUACCGAUGCAAAAUCCAGCCCCACCCAAGGACUGGGAAUAAAUACAAUGUUUAUCCAACAUAUGACUUUGCCUGCCCUAUAGUGGACAGCAUUGAAGGUGUUACUCAUGCCUUGAGGACAACAGAGUACCACGACCGAGAUGAACAAUUUUAUUGGAUCAUUGAAGCUUUAGGCAUAAGGAAACCAUACAUCUGGGAGUACAGUCGCUUAAAUCUCAACAACACGGUGCUGUCCAAAAGAAAGCUCACGUGGUUUGUCAAUGAAGGACUGGUAGAUGGAUGGGAUGACCCACGGUUUCCUACAGUUCGUGGAGUUCUGAGAAGAGGGAUGACAGUUGAGGGGCUGAAGCAGUUCAUUGCUGCUCAGGGUUCCUCAAGGUCUGUUGUGAACAUGGAAUGGGACAAAAUCUGGGCGUUCAACAAAAAGCUGCGAGCUCUCUGUAAGAAGGUUAUUGACCCAGUGGCUCCAAGGUAUGUUGCAUUACUGAAGAAGGAAGUCGUCCCAGUGAACGUCCUGGAUGCGCAGGAGGAGAUGAAGGAAGUAGCCAGACACCCCAAGAAUCCUGAUGUUGGUUUGAAGCCUGUAUGGUACAGUCCCAAGGUUUUCAUAGAAGGGGCCGAUGCAGAGACUUUCUCAGAGGGUGAGAUGGUCACAUUUAUAAACUGGGGCAACAUCAACAUUACUAAAAUACACAAAAAUGCAGAUGGAAAAAUUAUAUCUCUGGAUGCAAAAUUGAAUUUGGAAAACAAAGACUACAAGAAAACCACCAAGAUCACUUGGCUUGCUGAGAGCACACACGCUCUCCCGAUCCCUGCCGUCUGUGUCACUUAUGAGCACUUGAUCACAAAGCCAGUGCUGGGAAAAGAUGAGGACUUCAAGCAGUACAUCAACAGAGACAGUAAGCAUGAAGAGCUAAUGCUAGGAGAUCCUUGCCUUAAAGACUUGAAGAAAGGAGACAUCAUACAGUUGCAGAGGAGGGGAUUCUUCAUCUGUGACCAGCCGUAUGAACCUGUCAGCCCAUAUAGUUGCAAAGAAGCUCCUUGCAUCUUGAUAUACAUACCUGAUGGGCACACAAAGGAAAUGCCAACAUCCGGAUCAAAGGAAAAGACCAAAGUGGAAAUCUCAAAAAAGGAGACAAGCUCUGCUCCUAAAGAAAAACCAGCACCUGCUGUGAGUUCUACUUGUGCUACAGCUGAGGAUUCCUCCGUCCUCUACAGCAGAGUGGCGGUGCAGGGGGAUGUGGUUCGUGAAUUGAAAGCCAAGAAAGCACCAAAGGAAGAAAUAGACGCAGCUGUGAAGCAGCUUUUGACUUUGAAAGCUGAAUAUAAAGAGAAAACUGGGCAGGAGUAUAAACCUGGGAACCCCUCUGCUACAGCAGUACAGACUGUUUCUACAAAGUCAUCAUCAAACACUGUGGAAAGUACAUCUUUAUACAAUAAAGUCGCUGCCCAAGGGGAGGUGGUCCGAAAGCUGAAAGCGGAAAAGGCUCCUAAGGCUAAAGUAACUGAAGCUGUAGAAUGUUUACUGUCCCUGAAAGCUGAGUAUAAAGAAAAAACUGGGAAGGAGUAUGUACCUGGCCAGCCCCCAGCAUCUCAGAACUCACAUUCAAAUCCUGUCAGUAAUGCUGAGCCUGCUGGAGCAGAGAAACCAGAAGCCAAAGUGCUGUUUGACAGAGUGGCUUGUCAAGGAGAAGUAGUUCGAAAACUGAAAGCUGAAAAGGCCUCUAAGGAUCAAGUGGAUUCAGCGGUACAAGAACUUCUUCAGCUGAAGGCACAGUACAAGUCGCUGACAGGAAUCGAGUAUAAGCCUGUGGCUGCUACUGGGGCAGAAGACAAAGAUAAGAAGAAGAAAGAAAAAGAAAAUAAAUCUGAAAAGCAGAACAAGCCUCAGAAACAAAAUGAUGGCCAAGGGAAAGACUCUUCCAAAAGCCAAGGCGGUGGGCUGUCAUCAGGUGGAGCAGGAGAAGGGCAGGGGCCUAAGAAACAGACCAGAUUGGGUCUUGAAGCAAAAAAAGAAGAAAAUCUUGCCGAAUGGUACUCUCAAGUCAUCACAAAGUCCGAGAUGAUUGAAUACUAUGAUGUGAGUGGCUGCUAUAUUCUCCGUCCCUGGUCGUACUCCAUCUGGGAAUCCAUUAAGGACUUCUUUGAUGCUGAGAUCAAGAAGCUCGGUGUUGAGAACUGCUACUUCCCCAUAUUUGUGUCUCAGGCUGCGUUAGAGAAAGAGAAGAAUCACAUCGAAGACUUCGCUCCUGAGGUUGCUUGGGUUACAAGAUCAGGAAAAACAGAGUUGGCGGAGCCAAUUGCCAUUCGUCCUACUAGUGAAACAGUGAUGUAUCCUGCAUAUGCUAAAUGGGUGCAGUCCCACAGAGACCUGCCCGUCAGGCUCAACCAGUGGUGCAAUGUGGUGCGCUGGGAGUUCAAACACCCACAGCCUUUCCUCCGAACUCGGGAGUUCCUGUGGCAGGAGGGGCACAGCGCCUUUGCCACCUUUGAGGAAGCAGCUGAUGAGGUUUUACAGAUCCUUGAGUUAUAUGCUCGAGUAUAUGAAGAGCUCUUAGCCAUUCCUGUUGUGAGAGGAAGAAAGACCGAAAAGGAGAAGUUUGCAGGAGGAGACUAUACAACCACAAUAGAAGCCUUUAUAUCUGCCAGCGGACGUGCCAUUCAGGGAGCAACAUCACACCAUUUAGGCCAGAAUUUCUCCAAAAUGUGUGAAAUAGUUUUUGAAGAUCCCAAGACACCAGGAGAAAAGCAGUUUGCAUACCAGUGCUCCUGGGGCCUGACAACACGAACCAUCGGUGUGAUGGUCAUGGUCCAUGGGGACAACAUGGGCCUAGUGCUUCCACCCCGAGUAGCGUCUGUCCAGGUGGUAGUCAUUCCCUGUGGAAUCACAAAUGCCCUGUCUGAAGAAGACAGAGAGGCACUGAUGGCAAAAUGCAAUGAGUACAGAAGGCGGCUGCUUGGUGCUAACAUCCGAGUCCGAGUCGAUCUACGAGACAACUACUCCCCAGGCUGGAAGUUCAAUCACUGGGAACUCAAGGGAGUUCCAGUCAGACUUGAGGUGGGGCCACGUGAUAUGAAGAGCUGUCAAUUUGUAGCAGUCAGACGAGAUACUGGAGAGAAACUGACAAUUGCUGAAAAGGAGGCCGAGACUAAACUGGAAAAGGUUUUGGAAGACAUCCAGCUGAACCUUUUCACAAGGGCUUCUGAAGACCUUAAAACUCACAUGGUUGUGUCUAAUACACUGGAGGACUUCCAGAAGGUGCUAGAUGCUGGAAAGGUUGCACAGAUUCCAUUCUGUGGGGAAAUUGACUGUGAGGACUGGAUCAAAAAGAUGACUGCCAGGGAUCAAGAUGUGGAACCUGGUGCUCCAUCCAUGGGAGCCAAAAGCCUUUGCAUUCCUUUCAACCCUCUGUGUGAGCUGCAGCCGGGAGCCAUGUGUGUCUGUGGCAAGAAUCCCGCCAAGUUCUACACCUUGUUUGGUCGGAGUUACUGAUGGACAAAACAGAAGCCACUCUCUCUCUCUCAUCUUUUUUUAAAAUCAAUGAUACUAAGAUCUUCUCAGAUGCAAUUUUUCUUUUUCAUUUUUUAAAACUUCUAAAAAAGGUCAUGAGAUAAAACAGCUAUUCUUAUGCCUAAAUUAACAGUGGAAAAUACUUUUCUGUAAACAGCCAGGGUAAUAAAAUCCAUGAACUAAUUGUAUUUUA